AUGCCCUUCUCCUCCUCGUGCCCCUUCGUCUUCGCCGUGGGCCUUGCUCCCCCUCACACCUUCCUCCUUCUCGUGUCCCUCCUCCUCUUCACGCCUUCCUCCUCCUCAUGCCCUUCCCUCCUGCCGCAGGCACAGGAGCUGAGGGAGCGGGGGAACCGGGCGCUGGCGGCGGGCGAUCCCCCUGCCCAGCCCCCUCCGACACAGGAGCUCCCCGAAAACAAGAAGGAGGCGCAGCAGGAGAAGGAGUUGGGCAACGCCGCCUACAAGCGGAAGGAGUUCCCCACUGCGCUGGCUCACUACACCCGUGCCGAGGAGCUGGACCCCACCAACAUGACUUACGUCACCAACCAAGCAGCCGUCUAUUUCGAGACGGGCGACUACAAUCGCUGCCGAGAGCUGUGUGAAAAAGCCAUCGAGGUGGGGCGGGAGAACCGGGAGGACUACAGGCAGAUCGCAAAGGCAUACGCUCGCAUCGGGAACUCGUACCUGCGGGAGGAGCGGUACAAAGACGCCAUCCACUUCUACAAUAAGUCGUUAGCGGAGCAUCGCACGCCCGACGUGCUCAAGAAGUGUCAGCAGGCGGAGAAAAUCCUGAAGGAGCAGGAGCGGUUGGCGUACAUCAACCCCGACCUGGCGCUGGAAGAGAAGAAUAAAGGCAACGAGUGUUUCCAGAGAGGGGAUUACCCGCAGGCCAUGAAGCACUACAGCGAGGCCAUUCGCCGCAACCCCCACGAAGGCUACACGCGGAAGGCGGCGGCGCUGGAGGCCAUGAAGGACUACAGCAAGGCCAUGGACGUGUACCAGCGCGCUCUGGACCUGGACGCGGGCUGUAAGGAGGCGGCAGAGGGGUACCAGCGCUGCCUCUUGGCGCAGUACCACCGCCAGGACACCCCCGAGGAGGUGAAGCGCCGCGCCAUGGCCGACCCCGAGGUGCAGCAGAUCAUGAGCGACCCCGCCAUGCGCCUCAUCCUCGAGCAGAUGCAGAAGGACCCCCAGGCCCUCAGCGAGUGA